CCUCCAGCCUUCCCCUUGUUAUAAGAGGACCUUCCCGCUUACGGUUCCAACCUAUUCUAACCUAUUCUCUUCCAUAACAUCCUGUAAUACUAUGUUACGUUUCCACAAAAACAUGUAUAUAUUGUAUUAAAAUCCAUUUUAUUCCUAAUAAGUAACGUUUUAUGCGAUUAAUUUGAUUGAAUUGUUAUGAUACGCGGCGAUAACUUCAAUCUUGCAAUCAUGUCGCUUUGUCAUUCGCCACUCAUCACAUGUAUGUCAUAUGAUCAUCUCUUCAUAGUGGGGGGGCCACCAAAUUAGAACUGAUUAAAAUCAAGAUGGCAUCUAACGUAGUCGCUACAGCGACAGUUCGUGCUGUCAAAAGCAGAAGAAUUCUUCCCACCAGAGCGGCGCUUACUUUAAUAGGUUUAAAAGUUGGAGUAAAACAACGAGGAUGUAACGGCCUUAGUUACACUCUUGAUUAUGCUAAAGAAAAGUCAAAACUCGAUGAAGAAGUUGUUCAAGAUGGUGUUAGAAUUAUAAUUGACAAGAAGGCACAACUAUCUUUACUAGGUACAGAAAUGGACUACGUAGAAUCCAAAUUAAGUUCCGAAUUCAUUUUUAACAACCCAAAUAUUAAAGGAACAUGUGGGUGCGGAGAA